GUUGAGACCAUCGGCGACUGCUAUGUCGUUGCCGGGGGCCUUAUUCGCGAGGACGAGGACGGCAUGGCGGCAGUCCAGGGAGGGGGGACUGCUAUGUUGGUUGCCGCCUCCUCGGUCCGCCUCCCCACCACGGGCGCUCCCGUGAAGAUCCGCGUGGGCAUACACAGCGGGCCCGUGGUCAGCGGAGUGGUGGGAACACGCAUGCCGAGGUUCUGUCUGUUUGGAGACACAGUCAAUACAACGAGUCGCAUGGAGAGCACUUGCAUUCCUGGAGCUAUCCACGCUUCGGAAGAGUGUCAC